UAGGCCUCUGUGCCCCUAUGGGGCACAGAGGCCUAAUUUUUUUCUUUAAUAUUCUUUUUACAUAUACUGUUUACGACUUUUUUAUGAUCAACUUGGGAAGGAAAUGCAUUAGAAGCAGGGUCUCAAAAUUUGGUCGUUCUGUUCAUUACAGACAAACUAAACAUUGUACUACAUUGCUGUGUGAAACUGAAACAAUUUCACAAUAUUUAUCAGUAUUUCCAUGUCUCCUCAUGGUCGCUAUCAUCCCCAAUGCCAAACACAAUGCCAUACCCACACCAAAUCACAUAUCAAUGCAUAUCACUGUGGCCUUUCCCACCCACAACCAUCACUGUCAUUACCAUGGUUAUAACUACACAGACAUUCAUGGAAUUACUACCCACACCACCAAGCAUCUUCUGCAAAUCCUGAAACGUACCUCAAGUCUGAGCAUGAACAUGGAGGCCACAGCAUCAGUCAGUUUAGUCCUGUUAUUUAGAUAUUUCAUACUUCUUGAACUAAGGACUGCAUCUUGCUUGACAAGGUAGUCUACAAUUUGUGUUGCAAAAUUAUAAUGGCUUGUUGUCCUUUUCCCUGAGUGCCAAAUGCAUGGAGGUUUGGUAAAGGUAUAAAUCACUGAAUGUAUCAUUAAGUGAUUUUGGUUAUACCUUCACUUUCUGCAUAUUUUUUUGAUAGCACACAAGCAUACACAUUAUUUAGAAAAUAUGUUACUUUUAUUGUAGUUCUGCACACAGGAUGCACUGUUGUGUUUUUUGUAUAAGUAACACUUCAAAUAGGCUCAUUUAAAUAGGCCUAUCCUAAAAUCUGUUUCCAAAGAACAGCAAACAUGUAUAAAAUACAAAGAAACACUGAAAAAAAACAUUAACAUUAAAAGAAAAAUAUUUCCUUGUGCCCUAAAAAGGAAUAUACAAAGUGGAAAUUACAAGAUGGUAUAAGAAAUGAAUAAAUUUCUCUUCUUAGAAUCAUACAGAAGGAUUGUCCAUAAACUGCAAGUUUGAACGUAUCCAGUAAUUGUUUAGAAUUGGACCACAUGGAGCAAUACUUUAUAAAAUAAUAAGUUUAUGAUACUCAGUUAUAAAUAAUAAUUUUAGAAAGUUGGUUUUAACUAAAUUUGAAGGUGUAGAAUUAAACUAUCUUGUUGAUUGUAAAAUAUUCAUACAAGUAAAAAUGCAACAACAAAUAGUUAAAAAUAGCCUUAAGAAAGAGAUAUAUCCCAUUUUAUAAUGUUGAUGAAGAGAUACAAUUUAUCUUUUAUAAGAAAAGAAAAAAAGCCUUACUAUUAAUGCAAUUCAUUUUUUUUAAUUAACCCUUUACCAAGCACUAAUAGAAAUACAGUGAAAUUUAGGAUUUCAGUUACAGAAAAUAAAACUAGAACAUUAUAAGACAGAUUUAUUUAUGCUACCAGCAUUUCCCUUUUUCAUGGUAGACAAAGUGACUAAGAACAAUAACUUGUUAGAAAACAUAGCAAAAUUUAUAUAUAGGCAGUAAUAAUGAACUUACCAGUCUAAUGUAACAUUUUUGUCUUAUAAAUAUCAAAAUCAUCAUUCAAGUUUAGAGAUAAAUAAGCACAUGAAAAUAAAUGACAGGUUUCCUUUACUCACAUUUCUAUACAAAAAUAAAUAUACACAUAGUUUUGUGUGUGUGUGCUUAAAUGCAUGCAUGCAUGUGUGUAUGUAUGCAUGUAUAUGUGCUAAUAUGCAUACAUAUGUGUGAGUGUUUGUGUGUUUAGUUUUGUAUUGUAAACCAAGAACACUUUUAAUUAAUUAUUUUAUUGUCUUCAAUUUUAUAUUGCAAACCAAGAACAUUUAUAAUUAAUUAUUUUAUGAAAUAUUAUGUCUCUAUUAAUCAUGAAAAAUAACUCCGUCGCGCCCGUAAAUCGACCAAUUAUCGCGCGCGUUACAAAUCGACCCAAACAAUCACGUGCGUUUUUCCGGAACAGCUGACUGGAUGUAAACAAAGAGCGCCGCCGAGACACGUAAAGGGCCGACCACUUUAAUCUAUCCCCCCCCCCCCCAGGGAUCCCUUAAUUAACAGAGCUAGAUGCUUCCCCAGCUGUAAAAGGGCCGGUCACGUUAAUCUAUUAAGUCCAGGGAUAUCCCUUUACAGCGCUGGAUGCUUCCCUAGCUGUAAACGAAAAUGAAAACGCUACGUCGGUACUUCAUCCCUGCCUAGAGCUGAAAAAUAUGGCCGGAACAAAGACUAUAAUAUAGUCACCAGUAAACUCAUUAAUUAGAGUCUUAAAACAGUGAUUAUAUAUCAUAAUAGAAACAAAAAUUAUUACUGAAGACACAUAUAUUGCAUCGAACAAUGAUGUCUCAUUAAAUGUUUAUAUAUAGUCAAGAUAAACGUUCAUUUGACAAGCAUAACCAACAACCCACUCGACACGCUAAAGAACAUGGAGCUCUCCUCGCAAGUUAUUUACGCCUUGUUGGAGAAAGUGAGAGCCAAAGAGCCUCUGUGGAACCCCAAUCACAAGGAUUAUAAAAGUAGGAAUCUGAAAAGAACACUCAUGGAUGAAAUAAGCAAGGAACUCCGCCGUGAAUACCCGAGCUACGCGCAUCAGCUCUCCACAGAAUAUUGCAUGAACAGAUUUCAGUAUCUGAGAAGCAACUUUCAAAAACAGCUGAGAAAAUUUCGAAAUGCACCUGUUGGCCCUUGUGGCGAGGGAGCAUCCAAAUGGGAGUUUUUUUCCGCAUGCUCAUUCCUGCUGCCGAUUUAUGAGAUAAAUAGCGACACGCCUAGCUUUGAAAUUCAGCAGAACAAUAUGAAGCCCAUGAGCAAGAAGAGAAAGAUAGAUGGGGAUGAUUCGUCAUCAGCAAGCACCAGCAAGCAGGACCAGGCACUGAAGAGUAUACCUUUGAUGCACAAGAGACCGGAGACUGCUUCCACUCCCAUCUCAACUCGUUGUUGUUCACAUGACGGCCAGCCAGGACUAACGCCAAAAACAAAAAACAAGCCAACACCAGAAAGCCAACACAGCAAACACCAGACUCUAAUCCUAAAGGGCCUGCUAGAAGAUGUAACCUUUGCGGAUGUGACACUAACAGCUGAAGGGAAGUCAUUAAAAGCACACAAGGCAGUGUUGUCGGCCAUGAGUCCCUACUUCAAGAAAGUGUUGCAGAACAACCCCAGUCCACACCCCAUUAUCAUCAUGCCUCUUGACAUGCAGUUUGAGGAUCUCAAAGGAAUAAUAGAUUACAUUUAUAUGGGUGAGAUAGUUGUGUCAACUGAGAAUCUAUCCUCGCUCUUCAAAGCUGGUCGUGUUCUUCAGGUUUCCGGCUUGACAACAGUAGAUGCUGUAGGUGUAAAGGCACCCAAUGCACCUUUUUUUGAUAAUGACCAGUCAGUACAUAAGGAUACCAGUGGAGCAACUUUAUCAAUGGAAACCAACCAGGGGAGUGAAGUAAGAAAUGAGGACGCCAAUAAGCUGCAGUCAUCUCAUGGAUCUCGAAAAAGCAAAGGAUCAUCUGUGGAAAAUGUAGCAGAGAGGCAGAAACACAAAGAUAAAGGGGCAAACAGUACAAUAGUCACUGUGGAGGCUGCUGAACCGUCGGAGAACAGAAACCAGAAGAGACCGGAAACCGUAGACUCGUCAAAGACAGAAUCCUUUGAAAAGACUCCUGCUCAGCCACUGCAGGCCAGAGGAAGCUGUACAGUUAUAUCAGAUGAUGACAGUUCAAAGUGCAUGUUUUUGACUGAUGAAGAAACUAUGUCGUGUGACUUUGAUUAUAAAUAUUUUGAGGAACAAGAAGAGGAAUUAGAUCCACUUCAGAUUCAUAGUCAUGGAAGUGAUGACUCCUUUCAUCAGUCUGCAAACAUAUCUAAUGGACAACAGUGUGACUCCAUAAACUUUGUGACAGUUAAAGAAGAACUUGAAGACUAAAACUAGAAAAAAAUUCUCUCUCUCUCUCUCUCUCUCUCUCUCUCUCUCUCUCUCUCUCUCUCUCUCUCUCUCUCUCUCU